AUGGUGUUUGGAGGUUUCUCUUUUAGCUUUCCAUGGAACUGGUCAUCAAAUCACUCUUCUUCCGGACCUUCUCAUGAAACUAAAAAACUCAAGAAGAAACUUGCACGCACUCGUACAGAACAGAUCGAACUUAACGGGCAUGCAAGACCACACCACAAAAAUGAAGUUCACGAUGGCUAUUACCCCGGUCUCGUCAAUAUGUCCGGAACGUACUGCUUCAUGAAUUCAACUAUGCAGGCAAUGGCCUCCUUGUCCUACUUGCAACCUUAUCUUGCAGACACGCAAGCCAAGGCCAUUCAACUUGACAUGCCAUCACCGGUUGUUGACGCCCUUCUGAAUUUACUCCAAGACCUCAACUUACCUCGCACCGCUUAUCACUCCAUUCGUCCACUUGACAUCAUCACCGCCCUUGUCAAUCACUCUCCGAGCAAACACAACUCCCUCUUUUCCUCUCGAGAACACCAAGACGCACAAGAAUUGUUCCAACUCGUAUCCGAAUGUAUAAAGAAGGAAGUUGCUGCUGUCGAUAAUGAAGGUCAUCGGGACCUUGGUCUAGGUGGACUGUCUCAAGUUCGCAAUGACGCUAACAAGGAGAUCGGGAAGAGCGUGUUCGACGGACUCACUGCGAACAGACGCAGCUGUGUUGAGUGCGGCUAUACAGAGGCAGUCAUGCACUUUGCUUUUGAUAGCUGGCAACUUGCUGUACCCCGAUAUGUUGCAAGCUGCCGCUUAGAGGAUUGUCUUGCAGAGUACACUAAGCUUGAGAUGCUCAACGACUGCGUAUGCCGUAAAUGUUCGAUGAAAGCCACGUACCAGAAGCUCAGGCAAGAGGCAGACAGGUUGACAGCAGCAGUGAACGCAGAUCCCAACGCCUCCGUAUCGAAGAAGAAGAGGGUGAAAGAUGCUAGAAAACUAGAGCACAGAGUGCAGGCUGCCCUAGAACAUGGUCGCCUAGAAGAGGACGUCAAGGGCGUCAAGCUGGAGAGAGUAUUCAGCAGAGCAUCAACAAAGCAAGCUAUGAUCGCAAGACCGCCUCAAGUUCUCGCAUUGCAUCUCAAUCGAUCCCUCAGCUACGGCCACUACGCUGCUAAGAACACAGUCCGCAUUCUGUUUCCCGAGUUUCUUGAUCUCACACCAUUUACCACUUCUGGUAACCUCUCCACCAAACCUUCUGUCCCCAUUUCAUCACAACCACCCCUACUCCCUCGUUCCACAACUCCUACACCUGCCACAUAUGCCGUGCAAAGAAUCAUUUACCGUCUUUCUGCUGUGGUAUGUCACUACGGCCAGCAUUCCUUCGGUCACUACAUCUGCUAUCGGCGCAAGCCCCGGCCUGUAUCCUACGGAUCGCGGCGCUUCGCACCACCAAGACUCGUCGACCCACCUGGCUGCGACUGCGAAAAGUGCCAGCGAUACGGGCCCGUGCGCGACGAUGACGAAGCCGUCGACUCCAUGUACCUCCCUGGCCGGGGUUGGCUACGGAUCAGCGACGACUCAGUGAAGGAAUGCGGAAUAGAGACGGUUGUACAGGAGGGUUCAGGGGCAUUUAUGCUCUACUACGAGCGCGUGGUACAGUCGCGCCCUGGCAUUUACCCUCAUCACAACUCACCUCGAAGCUCAGAGGAGACCCUCAAGCCGCGCGUGAACGGAUCGACUACAUCGCUCGCGAGUUUGCUGCCGGAUGGAGAUCAUGCUGUGGAGAGUAGAGGAAGAGGUGUGAUGGGUCCGAGAGUUGUGAGGAGCGUAGUGGCUGGGAGGAGAAGUGUUUCGGCUGCGCGGCCCGAGCGAGAUUCUCUGUCUGCCUCAACUCCAGCUCUAAUAAACGGAAGCGCUGUCCCUUUGAAAGCAAAUCUGUCGCGGAUUUCCUCAUCAAGCACGUCUACCAAGUCGUCGACAUCUUCUGCUCUCUGGGCAUCAGCACCUGACAUCUCACACCAGCGUACGUCAUCUUCGUCUUCGUCCCUUACCGCUCGACCGCCAGGAUCACACCAUCCCAAAUCCCCUCAGCUUACGCACCCCCCACCUGUUGUUGACCAGAAAGUAUAA